AUGACGUACUUGGUUCACACAGCCCAUGCUCAGUUUGUUGGACUUUGGUUGGGCGUUGUGGGAUGGACCCUCACUAUUGUGACCAUCGGGUUGGUACAAUGGCGGGUUUGGGUUGUGGAUGAUUUGUCCGUCAUUACGUCUGGGCUAGCCUGGGUUGGCAUAUGGAGAGUUUGUUUCUAUAGUCAUGUCUUGGUGACCUCACAGUAUGAUGUCAUGUUCUGUCAGAAGAUAGCAAUAUCAGAUGCGUUCACACCAGCGGACAUCGCUGCGGCACAAGUUCUCAUGCUGGUGGCGCUGAUUCUGGGCCUUGUGGGUAAUGCCGGAGCUGUCUACGGUCUCAGAAACAUCUACUUUGGACUGGACGAACCCAAACCCAUCCGACUGGCGUUCUCAUUUGGUGGCGCUCUUUUCUUAAUGGCAGGAUUGUGUUCCUCUGUACCCGUCCUGUGGAACUUAAACUCGGUGGUGACCAAUCAGACCAUCCACUUUCCCAGCAACUUCCACAUGCCCCCUGCUCCCGUGAGGCAGUACACUGGAGGUGGCAUUGCCAUGGGGAUGGUUUCAUUUAUGCUGAUGAUCAUUAGCGGAAUCAUAUUUCUGUCCUACAGGUUUCCUGUGAGACAAGGCCCCAAGGUAACACCCCAAUGGCCUGAGGAGGGUCACUCUGCAAUCUGGGACCCUGGGAAGUCUAGCCUGUUUUUCAACAAGGACAACACAAACCAUUGUCAGGGUAGAGACAACAGGGCUUUCCAGGCAGAGGAGAACGUCUGA